GUUUCCAGCAUCACUAGCUCGGAAAGGAUGUUAGCAUUUUAUUUUCAAAAGACGCGACGAAUAACCAUCACGGAAUUGAAAACUUGUUCCUUGUGAUGUUUCCGUGAAACACAAAGAACAACAACGUGGUUGAACAACAACGUGAACAAAUGUUGGUCAUAAAACAACUACCAUCUGAAGGCUCAGCCUGCUGCUAAGACCUCCAGCCGUUAGGGGGGGAUAACGCAGCUACCGGAAGUGGAGUAAGAAGAAGUUCCACGGCGUCUUUUUUAAAAGCUCGUUGACGGUCGUCUCUUUGGUGCUGGCCUUCGCGUUUAAAACAACACACAACAAGAAUGCAAAAAGACAACAAUACGACACGCUAAGUCGUCUUCCACGGGCGUACUGGUUCAUGUCUUGUGGACUUUAAUGAACGUGGUCGGGCUCCGGUGAGGAAAACAAACACGCCGAUUCUGUCGGCUAACAACAAGCUAGGGGCUAAUGUUAGCUUUGAUUGGCUUCCUUAGUACACAACUUUUCAUCUAUUUUUUACUACAUGGCUCACUAGUUCAUGGAUAUGCCAUUUAAACAUGCGACUGUUAUGUGGAGUUUGUCUAACAGCGGAAAUAAAUCGUUAUUUACUUGUUUGACCCCAAAUAAGUGGAAAUGCAUCGAAUCGGCAAGCUAGUCAUAUCUUUCAGAAAUUAUUUUUAUGUGGAUUAGAAUCAUAUCGUCAUAUAAAGGUUGUUGUUUAGUAUUUCUGCCUGCCCGCCUUGGAGUAAAGGAAACUAUGGAUAAGCUGGACUUCUCAGAAGAGGAAAUUAAGGAGCAACUGGCCGUCUUGGGUUACACGAACGUUCCCGAAGACAGACUGAGACAAUUCAAGCAAGACCCGUGUUAUCGACCGAUCAGAUCAAUGUAAAGUCUAUAGAUGGUGUACCUAGUGAAGUUUCCAACCUUGAACUGCUGAUUCAAAAUGGCAGCCGGACAAACGCCUCUGGGUCAUCUUCCAACAUGAACGUCAAAGCACACGAACCGAGACCUCCGGCAUUCAUCAAAGAGAAAGUUAGCCCACGUGACUUUGAAGCCUCUGCUGGGGGGUUUUAUCUCCACAGUGAGCACCACAACACACAGGUUGUCGGUGGUUGCGCCAAUGAAGGCGACAGAUGGACAGAUGGACGAGAGCACAUGGACCACGAGGACGCGCCGCCAGCCUCACAUGCCGCUGGUCACACACUCAUCCCCGACACCCACGGGAGGCACUUCAUCAAGAGAAAAGUCCUCAGGAAGCGGGGGGGACAGUCGCUGGUCUGUGAUGAAUCCAUCUACAGCCAAGACUCUGAUUUUUCUAGCAGCGUCCAGGAGCAUCUAUCAGACCUUACUUUGUCUCCAUCAACACAUCGCAACAUCACCAUCCAGAGUGGCAACACGCUUGACUCCGACAUGGAGGGCGGCGCCCUCAGUGCCUUUGACUCCUUCGUCACGCACUCAACACGAGCAAGAAGUGACAGCAACCUCCCAAGCAAACCCAAAUCCUUCAUCCGACCCAUCAUGACCCAGCAGACCAUCAAGAAGACUGACCCGGUGGCCAGGUACUUCCAGUACAAGCAGCUGUGGGACACAUUCAAGCUUCCUGGAGAGCAUGACCACAAGCAACUCCGCUGGGAAAUAAGGGAGCGACUAGCCUACCAGCCUCCAGCACCCAAACCUCGCAGAAACUGCAUCGCCAACACCUACGUGGUCCCGACAGAAAAGAAACGCACAGCUCUGCGCUGGGAGGUCAGGAACAACCUGGCCCGCGGAGCAACACCUCAUCAAUUUACAUAUUAAUUUUGGACUUAUAUUGUUUUAGCAUGUUUUUAUUAAAUGGUUUUAUCAUCACACACACGGAGAAGGGGCCUAUGGGAAGUCUGAGUAUGGCAGUUUGAAGGGGUAGAGUGGCGUGUAGCGCUGGUUGUGCCACAGCAGCUUUUUCUCCAGGAAUUGAACUGUCGGCAGGGUGAGCACCACGGUUUCAUGCUUCAACAAGCUGUGCACGUUCAGACCUGCAGGACGAGACAGCAAACAUCUGACGGUGACACCUUCAAGCAUCCUCUCCUCACCUAAGCUCUGGACUUUACAGCAACACGAGUACACUGGGUGCACGGUAUGGCAAUGUAGUUCAUCAGUAUGUACGUGCUACUAAAUUAUUAAAUAGGUACUUGCUAGUGCACACUUACUACUUUGUAGUAAAGUAUAUCCUAUGUAGCGUAGGGCUGUCUUCGACUAAGGAUUUUCAUAGUCUGAUUCGUUAGAUUUUGUCUAUAGUUGACCAAUUGUCAAAAUUUUUUUUCCCCACCUGGCAAGUGGGCAUAAAAUGGAAACAUGGCUUGAAAAACAACUUGCCAAAACUCAGCAGCCUAAGUUUGUUGGACUCAAAUCCACAGACAGGAUAUCAAAGUUAAAACAGUCUGACCUGUUUUAAAUGAUUUGCUGUUGGUUAUCACGUGAUACACUCCUGAUCAAAAUCUUAGGACCAGUUGAAAAAUUGCAAGAAUUUGCAUUUUGCACAUUUGGAUCUUAAUGAGGUUUUAAGUAGAGCUACAAUAUGCAAAAGCAAGAAGGGGGAGUGAGAUAAAAGGCAUUUGGAAAAAGUAAUUUAUUGAAAACAUAGGCUUUUUAACGCCUAAUCAAAAGUAAGACCACAGGCUAUAAAAGCCAAAAUGUUCAUUUUCUGUCAGGCAUUCACACUGUCAUGCCCUCCUGAUGGCUAAAGCUAAGAAGCUUUCUCUCUUGAACAUGAUCUGAUUGUGGAGCUGCAUAAGCAAGGCCUCUCGCAGCGUGCCAUUGCUGAAGUUGGUUGCAGUAAAUCACUUUUUUUUUUUUUGGAAAUAUCCUAAGCAUUAUGGAACAAAAAAGUCAAGUGUUAGCAAUUUUUCAACUGGUCUUAAGAUUUUGAUCAGGAGUGUACGUAAGAAGCUGUAGACAAGUCGCACUUCACUUUCGUGGACUCAUCUUAACCUUUUCAAAAUACUUAACAUUUCAAAUGAAUUUGUAUCCAUUUUUAGCCCACACCCUGAACAGCUGCUCAGAACUACACAAUACUGUACAGCCAUCAGUACAAUACAAUUUGACGAUGACACUGAUAGUCAAAUCAGACUGCUCUGAAUCGAAUUGUCGACUAAAAAUUGUAAGACAGCCUUAAUGUAGUGCACUAAAUCACGUGUAAUGUACUUGUAACUACACAUUUGGCAGUAAAGUCGUCCCUCGCUACAUAAUGGUUCCAACAUCACAAUUAAAACAUCGCGUGCACUAUCACGGUUUUCAAAAAUUAGUAAAUGAUCGCUGUUUUGUGAUUGAAUACAGUGUAUUAGUAAAAAAAAAAAAAAAAAUUAACAAAACUGAUUCUUGGCCUAAAUCAUUUCUAAUUUUGGCCCAAGCAUUUUAAAGCAUAAAAAUGGCUAAAUGAACUAAAAUACAAGGCAGAAGACACGUUCUAAUUGUGAAUGUAGUAUUCUACAUUGGCCACUAGGUGUCAAUUGAUGAAAAAGGCACCAAACGUGGUCAGAACAGGCAUUUAUUGCAGGUUUAAAUGAUCUCACAACAGGCACAAUAAUAGUAACAUAAUAACCAUAACAACAACAUGGGCUAUUGUUGGGCCAUAACCCACAAGCUAAAACUCAACUCUGAAGCUCUCACAUCGCUUCCUGUCCACAACACAUCUGUCUGCACGCCACUAAGGUCCCCCAGGGAACACAUUUACUGUGACACACACGAGUAGGUGUUUUAUUUGAAUCUUAAAUGGCUUAUAUACUCUUAUUAUGUCUACUAUAUUGGAUAAUACGAGUGGAAAGCCAUUUAAAGCCACCAUUAGAAUACAUUGAUGAGACAAUAGCCACCGCAGUAAGUACACUGUCUAGAAAAAAAAAAAAACAUGGAACUGCCGAUAUGUGAGUCUAUUUUAUUCAUGUCAAAUAUGUCUCCUUUUCUAUAAUUUUAUCUACUAUAUUGGGUAAUACAAAUCUAAAAGGUGACUAUAGGCAUGUUAUUUUAUGUCUAGAGGGCUCUCAUAAUGUUAAAAACAUAUUUAGAAGAUCGCAAACAAGUUUUCUAUGCCAUAACUACAAAAAUAUUCCAUUUAUUAAUAUUGAAUCCUACUUUGCGGAAAUUGACGCAUUGCGGUUGGGUCUGGAAACAAUUAACAGUGAUAAACGACGGAUUACCGUAUAGUGCAUACUAUGUGGUGCACACUACAGAAUGCGUGCUUUGUAGCAGCACGUAUGUGGUACUUUAUACUUCCUAUCUACAUACGUAGUAUAAAGUGCAUACUACACACUUGGUAGUAUACAGAGCAUACUAUGUGGUACUACUUUAUGCUUCCUAUGUACAGUACAUAAUACAUACUAUAUAGUGCACACUACUCACUUGGUAGUAUACAGUGCAUAACAUGUGGUGCACACUACAGAAUGAGUGCUUGGUAAUAGCGUGCACUAUGUGGUGCAUACUACCAAAUACACUAUGCUGCAUAUACUUAGUCCUUGGUUGUGUUGCACAUACUUAGUACACUAAGUCCCCAACCAAUGAACACAAUUGGUUCCAGACGACCGUUCGCAAGUCGAUUUGUUCAUAACUCCAACAAAAGGUAAUAUUACCAAUGAUAUAGGUACUACAUGUACGUGUAUACAUAUAUACAUACUGUAUAUGCGUAUGUAUCUAAAUAUGAGUUUGGAUGCGGUAGUAAUAUUAAACGAGGAUAAUUAAUGAAAAAAAACAUAAUAAAAAUGAUAUAAUACGCAAUGAUAAAUGUUAUUUACCUUUGAAGAGGAGUGGUCGAGCAUACGUCGUUGGUGGUGGAGGAGGAGUUAUUGAAAAAAAAAGGACAAAUGGUUGUCGUCGUUAGACUCUUCUAAAAGAGGUAGUGUUCUGUGCGUGGUGUAGAAUUAAGCAGGCCCAUUGACUCGUCAUAAACUUUAAUCACACGCUCUGUCUGGGUUGUAUCAUACUACAACCUAGUCUUCCUUUCUCCUCUUCCUCUACCUGUUGGUCCCAUUAGCAGUGUCACAGUGCCCUCUACUGAUCAAGCAUGUAGCAGUAUAAAUAUGGAGUUCCAAAAGGCAAAAUACAUGAAAAUAUUGACCAGUCAGCCUGUGUUCGUAUCUCCGAAUGUUCGCAUGUCUGAUGUUCGUAAGUUGGGGACUUAGUGUACUUGGUUUGGGAGUAUACACUAUGUUGUGCUUCUAAUGUAGCAUAAAGUGCACUUGUUAGUACAUAGUGUGUACCAGUAGUAUGCACUGCAUAGUACCUCCAAUGACGUACACAACUACAUGGUGUACACUGCCAAACCAGUAGUUUGUACACACUGAACAUACUAGAGAUGAAGCUGAGUACUCACCGAUGGCUGGAAUGAGGUUGACUGUCUUGAGCGUGGCCGUGGCCUCGAGGAUGUUGGCAGGAAAGUCUUCACCUCUAAAAGCCAACAGAGCGGAGAUGGACUUGAGCAACGUUGUGAAGUUCAGCAACGUCAAAGUUGAGCUUUCACGUACAUGUCCACUACCAACACAGACCCCCCCCAUGCUUUGUGUCUGAUGGCGUCCAGCAGGUCCUGCGAAUCUGGACUGUGGAUAUUCAGAGAGUCCACAAUGUGCAGGUAACCCUGGGGACGUCAAAUGACAAUAAACUUAUUUAUACAGGGCAGCGUAUUCGUCUUUUGUGGACAUAUCACGUGGCCCGUGUUACCUGGGCGAUUUUGGAGCUCAGCGCCACUUUGAGUCCCAGCACGCGGACCUUCAUGGGCAGCAUGUAGUAGUAGCUGGUGGGCCCACGGGGUCCGUGAGCCACGCCCCCUGAAUAGACCACAGCGUGUCACACAAAAGAAGAAAACUUGUUAGAACAGAAGCAGUCACCUCCUCUCCAUAAUGGUGAUCGGAUGCUGCCGUGGCGAGCUCGCCCGCUUCCUUUCUGGUUCCACGGUUUGCGACCGCCCCCUCUCACCUCUGACCUCACCUUUGUGUUGGCAUAGCUCUGAUAAAGAAUACAAAAUUUGAUAUAAAUGUUUUUUGUCACAUGACUUAUAUGCAGACCAUCAGUGAGGAAAAGAAAGUGAAUUGUUAAGAUGGAGGAAGAGGAAAUGAGGUGAAAAACAGGAAAUGAAAUGACAACAGGAACACGACAUGGGGCAAAAAAGAGGAAAUGGAAUGACCACACAAGCAGGAAGAAGCCGUGAGACAACAAGAAGGAACAGGAAGUGAGUUGGAAGCAUGCAGGAAGAGGAAAGGAGGUGACUGUUCAACUCACGACGCGUUUGUAACUUCUCUGCCACAUUUCAACACUGUGGAUGAUGUCAAGUCUAGGAACAAAAGUUUCACACAUCAUUUUCACAAAAAAAACAAAAACACAUUCCCAUGGAUAAAAGCCAGCUCGCCGUUUUACCUGGGAGGAACGGCGAAGACGUCAGGGUGCAGCUCAGCCACACCCAGCGGCUCACUGUCCCGCCUGUCCAGAGAGUCCACCCACAUUCGCACGGGGGUCAAGUGGGCGGGAAUGUCUGCAU